AGGAGGCCCUUGGCGCCGCGGAAGGACCGCGCCUGCACCGCCAAGGAGCGCAUCAGCCGCAUGACGCCCUGCGCCGCCGGGAAGCGCAGCUCCAUCUACCGCGGGGUCACCCGGCAUAGAUGGACAGGGCGGUAUGAGGCUCACCUUUGGGACAAAAGCACAUGGAAUCAGAAUCAGAACAAAAAGGGGAAACAAGUAUAUUUAGGUGCAUAUGACGAUGAAGAGGCUGCGGCAAGGGCCUAUGACCUAGCUGCAUUGAAAUAUUGGGGAGCUGGAACACAGAUAAAUUUUCCUGUCUCCGAUUAUACAAGAGAUCUUGAAGAGAUGCAGAUGAUCUCCAAGGAAGACUAUCUUGUAUCUCUUCGAAGAAAGAGCAGUGCCUUCUCUAGAGGAUUACCAAAAUAUCGUGGACUUCCCAGGCAGCUCCAUAAUUCCAGAUGGGAUGGUUCUCUGGGACAGCUACUUGGCAAUGACUACCUGAACCUCAGUUGUGGAAAGGACAUUGCACUGGAUGGAAAAUUUGUUGGAAGCCUUGCCUUAGAGAGGAAAAUUGAUCUAACGAAUUACAUUAGGUGGUGGGUACCCAGAAAGGCACGGCAGUCAGAUACAUCAAAAGCAGAAGAGGUGGCUGAUGAAAUCAGAGCUAUUGAAAGUUCAAUGCAACUUACUGAGCCCUAUAAGCUGCCUUCUCUUGGCCCCAGUUCUCAUUCAAAUCCCCCUUCCCCUGGGCUAUCUGCGUGCAGUAUCUUAUCACAGUCUGUUGCUUUCAAAAGCUUCUUGGAGAAGUCUACAAAAUUAUCUGAAGAAUGUACAUUUAGCAAAGAAAUAGAUGAAGCAAAGAUUGUUGCACCAUUACCUGUUACAGGACAUGAUACAUCUGCAGUUGGCAUCAACAUGAAUGGGUUGCUAGUACAAAGAGCACCAUACACAUUGGCCCCUGCUAUGCCUACAACAAUGAGAAGUACAUGGAACUCUGCUGAUCCUUCCUCCGACCAUCUAUUUUGGAGCAACUUCAUCUUGCCAUCGAGUCAACCCGUUACAAUGGCGACAAUAAGAUCAACAACGUUUGCAAAGAAUGAGGUGAGUUCUAGUGACCCAUUCAAGAACCAGGAGUGACCCGGUAUGAACUUACCAUAGCCAGGAUAUUUUAGCUGGUUUGAUGACAGCAUCGCUCACUUCCAGUGUGUUUGGUACCACCAAUGGUUUGAUGCGGUGGCUUGUGAGAAAUACUUUUGUGUAUCCAUACUUCACAGAACAUGCAUAGAAGGCAAGAAAAUCGUAUGUAAUAUACAGUGGCUAAUGCCCAGGAAACAAUAUGUAGCUGUAGAGCUGUCUGUAUAUAUUGCUGUUGUCUACAGAUUUGAGGAAGAGACCAGAAAUAAGAAUGUGGUUUUUGUAUGCUGA